AUGGCCUCUCCUGCCCCCCAAUUGGGGUCUCUCUCCGAGGAAUUCUCCUGCCCCGUGUGCCUGGACUGGCUGCAGGAUCCCGUCACCCUGCCCUGCGGCCACGUCUACUGCCAGGGCUGCAUCGAGACAACGUGGGGCACCCUGGGUGUCCCCCCGGCCUGCCCUGAAUGCCGGCAGCCCUGCCCCGACAGGAGAUAUGCCCCCUGCAGGCUGCUGAGGAAGCUGAUCGACCAGGCCAGGGGGCUGAGCCCUGGUGGGGCAGAGGAGGGGGCGCGCCCAGGGGGCAGGUGCCAGGAGCACAGCGAACCCUGGAAGGUGGCGGGUGGGGCAUUCGCCGGUGAGCUCUGCAGGGAACCAGCCACAUACGAAAACCUCCGGUUCCUCCCCAUCCACCAGGCCACUGGGCAGCAUCAGGAGGAGCUGUCCUCAGCCAUAGCCCAGCUGGAGUCUAGCCUCGCUGGGCUCCUGAAGCUGAAGACGGAGAAGGAAGAGAGGAUUUGGAACCACCAGGCGACGGUGCUCAGCCUGGAGGAUCACAUCUCCUCGGAGUUCGGGAAGCUGCGGGGCUGGCUGGCCACCCGGGAAGAGGAGUGGCAGGAUCAGCUGCGGCGGGCGGGCAGAGCCCAGCUGCGGGCGAUGCAGAGGAACCUGCAGGAGCUGGCGGGGAGAUGCCAGGCAGCCCAGGAGAUGCUCACCGAGGCCCAGGCCCGCCUGCCCCAGCAGAACACCAUGGAGUUCCUGACAGACAUAAAAUCUUCCCUGGACUGGAUGAAGCAGCAACCGGCUACCCCUUGUGGGCCGAAUACGGGGUCCCUAUCACAGACUCUGGGGCAAUUCAAAGGGCCGAUCCAGUAUACUGCCUGGAAGGAGAUGAAAUCCAUCCUCAACAUAGAUCUCCCCCGGGUGACGCUGGAUCCUGCCACGGCUCAUCCCUGCCUGGUUCUCUCGGAGGAUCGCACCUGGGUCCGGGACGGCCCCCUUCGCCGGCCCCUCCCCGACACUCCCGCCCGCUUCGAUUUCUGCGUGGCCGUGCUGGGCGCAGGGGCGUUCGCCUCCGGGAGGCGCUACUGGGAGGUGGAGGUCGGGGAGAAGCCGGCGUGGACGCUGGGCGUGGUCCAUGCCUCUGUCAGCCACAAAGGGAAGCUCCAUGCCUCCCCCAGCAAGGGAUUCUGGGUCAUUCGGCUCCGGGGCGGGGCCGAGCUCAUGGCCAAGGACACGCCCCCAAUGGUGCUCCACCCCCAGGCCCUGCCCCACAGGAUAGGGGUGUACCUGGACUACGAAGGGGGCCAGGUUUCCUUCUAUGAUGCCCAGGGCAUGGCCCACCUCUAUACGUUCAGUGCCCGGUUUGCAGAGAGUGUGUAUCCCUAUUUCUGCCCCGGGCUCUACGAUUCGGGGGGGAACGCUACCCCCCUGAAAAUCUGCCCCUUGCCCUGA